GUUAUCAUCAGCUCCAUGUAAAACACCUUUCAUAUUUCGUUGCGAUUGUCACUGUAUAAGGAACCACUAUGAUCAGGUUUUCUGUUCUAGUCUGCCUAUCAGUGCUGCUGUUUAGCACUUCAGCCAAGCCAUACAGGCCCAGGGAAAAAGUGUUGGGCAGUGCAGUUCAGGACACUAUAGUUUUUGAUCAUCCCAAUGAGAAGAUGAUCCUGGGAAUGAAGGAGGUGGAGCCACCACAGGACAUGGACAUUACAGAUUUUGACAUCAAUCCCAACAUGUUGAUUUGGAAAGCCGUAAAAGAAGAAAUACAGCAGAAAUACGACAGACCUGAAGAGGAUAAAGAUGCUCUCUACCACUCCUUUGACAUAAAACAUCCAGCUGAUGCAAAACAGCCUGAAAACUACUUUCAGCUACUGGAACACAAUCCGGUACGGAUGUCUGACAAACCAGAAGAAGAUCGAGAUGAUCUAUACCAUGGCAUGUUUGAUGUAGCUGAAGAGCCAAUGAGAGGAGAGAAGGAUGUAAUUGGAGGUAAUGUCAAGCCCAUGUACUCAAGCCCUGAAGUGGACAAAGACGACCUGUACCACGCAGAUGUUAAAGGACAUCAGUCUGACCAGCAGGCUCUUCCGAUGAAUAUAUUCCCCUUUCGCCCCAAAAGGGUGCACACAGAGCCAGAGGUAGACCUGGAUGACCUUUAUCAUAAGCAAUGA